AUGAAGAGCGCGCACCGCGGUGGCGAAGACCCCGACGACGAAGUCUUCACGCAGCGCGCCGUCGAGCUGAAGGAUGAGGCGAACGCGCUGUACGGUGCGGGGUCGAUCAAGCGCGCGCUCGAGGUGUACGAGCAAGCGCUGAACCUGCUGCCCGAACGCGAUCAGACGCGGGCGAUGAUUCACAGUAAUCGAGCGGCGUGCUUUUCGAAGAUGCAGUGCUACGCGGACGUCGUGGCGGAGGCGAGCCGCGCGCUGGCGCUGGACGGGAAGAGUUAUAAGGCGUAUUGGCACAGGGCGCAGGCGUACAUGCAGUUG